ACACACACACACACACACACACACAGAUUCACACACACACACACACACACACACACACACACACACACACACACACACACACACACACAGACACACACAUAUCAGCCCUUCAUUUCACCACACCCUUCACACAAUUGUGUCAAGAUCGCUCCAGUGUCCAGUUUGCCAGUCUGUAGGUGAACCGUCAUGAAGACUCUGUUGCUGCUGUGGGUGACGGCCUUCUGUCUCUGUGUGUUUGUCACGGCUGACAAACAACCCGAGCGACAGGCAGACAAAUCGGCCCCCAAGGAGGAUGAAGUUUUACAGCUGAAGAAAGGAAAUUUCAACAGGGCACUGAGAAAAUAUAAGCAGCUCCUGGUGCACUUCUAUGCUCCUCUGUCUGGAGAAGGCCAUCGUAUCUCAGCAGCGUUCGAAGGAGCUGUUGCAGAGCUUCAGGGGUCAGAGGUCAAACUGGCCGUGGUUGAUGUGACGAAAGAGAAAGACCUGGCUAAAGACCUCAACAUGACAGGCCUCGCCACAAUCAGGCUGUACCUUUCUGGAGAUAAACACAACCCUGUGACUUGUCCUGUUCCUCAGAGCUCUGCGUCCAUCUUAACCUGGCUGAAAAGGAGAGCGGGGUCUGCUGCUGACCUCAUCGCUGAUCUCAGCCAAUCAGAGGCCUCAGAGGAACUGACGGUGGUCGGCUUCUUCAAGGAGCUGGAUCACGAGUACGUCCAGGUGUUUUACGAUGCAGCGGUCGACCUUCCUGAUGUUACCUUUGCUGUGACACAGAACAAUGAAGUUAUCACCAAAUAUGGUCUGACACAUGAUGUUGUACUGCUGUUAAAAAAGUCUGAGCUCAUCCAGGCUUACAAAAUGACGCCUCAGACAUCUAAAGAGAUGCUGAUAAUUUUUAUCACUGUCUACCAGAUGGACCCAGUCACUGAGUACACAGGACAGACAGCCACUCGGAUAUUAACAUCACCUGUGUUAAACCACGCCCUGCUGUUUGUCAACAAAAGCUCUGCUGCCUUUAAAGAGAUCCUUUCUGCCUUUAAUGGUGCUGCAGAAUCGUUCAGGUUGAAGAUUUUGUUUGUGUGGGUGAACGUGGAUGAGCCUCGUAACGGCAGGCUGAUGGAGUACUUCCGGGUUCGGGACUUCGAGGCCCCUCUGAUCCGUCUCGUCAACCUGACGGACCAUGUGACCUAUCACCUGCCCUCUGACACUCUGGAUGUACAGACCAUUAAAACGUUCUGCCAGUCCUACCUAGAGGGAAAGGCUAAGCCCAAGAUGCAGAGUGAGCCGAUACCUGAAGGAUGGGACCAACCGCCAGUGAAGCAGCUGGUUGGAAUGACUCUGGAGAAAGUCGGCUUUAACCCCAACAAGACUGUUUUUGUCCUUUUCUAUCUUCCCUACAGUGCGGAGUCCCGUGAUCUGUUUCCACUGUGGGAGGAGUUGGCCGAGGCCUUGAAGGAGCGAGAGGACGUGGUCAUCGCUCGCAUCGAUGCCUCAGCCAAUGACAUCAACAUGUCGAUGCAGGGCGGCUACCCAUCACUCUGCCUGUUCCCUGCUCUAUAUGCCGAAAGAGUGGUGGUUUACACUGGUAAGAGGAAGGUGAAGGACCUGAUGAAGUUUGUAGAUAAGGAGAUGGAGAAAGCCAAAAAAUACAGAGUGACGGAGGAUGAAGACAGGAGGAAGUACAUCGAGGCUGCAAAAGCUGAAGAGGCAAAAAAAGCCACCGAAACCAAAGACGAGCUUUGAUACAGAAACAAAGAGAGUACUGUGUGUGUGUGUGUGUGUGAGUGAGUGUGUUUGUGUGUGUGUGUGUGUGUGUGUGUGUGUGUGUAUGUGUGUGAGUGAGUGUGUUUGUGUGUGUAAGUGAGUGAGUGUCGGACCUUUUAGUCAGUACUCUCUUAUCACAGAUCUGGAUUUAUGGACUCAACCAAGCUGUCAUAAACUAUCCAAUCAAAUCCAAUAAAGUCUUCGGUUAAAA